GUUCCGGCGCCGGCUUUGGCAGAGGGGCGGGACUUGCACCGGCGUCUCUUCUUCCAACUGCAGUUUGUGGCAGCGCCAUUUUGAAUGUGCAGCUGCAGCGGGCGUGAGUUGGGGGAGGACGGGUUGCCGGCUCGCCUAUCUAGCGGUCUCUUGAUUGUCGAUAUUUUGUUGCCAUACGUUUAUAUAGAGACGUAUAUAUAUAUAUAUAGGCACACUAUAUAUAAAUCUAGGCUUGUAUCUGGUGUCCGACGCGAAGUCAGUAAGAUGAUGUUAAGAGGAAACCUGAAGCAAGUGCGCAUUGAGAAAAACCCGGCCCGCCUUCGCGCCCUGGAGUCCGCGGCGGGCGAGAGCGAGCCGGCGGCCGCGGCAGCCAUGGCGCUCGCUCUUGCCGGGGAGCCGGCACCGCCCGCGCCCGCGCCUCCGGAGGACCACCCGGACGAGGAGAUGGGGUUCACUAUCGACAUCAAGAGUUUUCUCAAGCCGGGCGAGAAGACGUACACGCAGCGCUGCCGCCUCUUCGUGGGAAACCUGCCCACCGACAUCACGGAGGAGGACUUCAAGAGGCUCUUCGAACGCUAUGGCGAGCCCAGCGAAGUCUUCAUUAAUCGGGACCGUGGCUUCGGCUUCAUCCGCCUGGAAUCCAGAACCCUGGCUGAAAUUGCAAAAGCAGAGCUGGACGGCACCAUUCUCAAGAGCAGACCUCUACGGAUUCGCUUUGCUACACAUGGAGCAGCCUUGACUGUGAAGAACCUUUCUCCAGUUGUUUCCAAUGAGCUGCUAGAGCAAGCAUUUUCUCAGUUUGGUCCAGUAGAGAAAGCUGUUGUGGUUGUGGAUGAUCGCGGUAGAGCUACAGGAAAAGGUUUUGUAGAGUUUGCAGCAAAACCUCCUGCACGAAAGGCUCUGGAAAGAUGUGGUGAUGGGGCAUUCUUGCUAACAACGACCCCUCGUCCAGUCAUUGUGGAACCCAUGGAACAGUUUGAUGAUGAAGAUGGCUUGCCAGAGAAGCUGAUGCAGAAAACUCAACAAUAUCAUAAGGAAAGAGAACAACCACCACGCUUUGCUCAACCUGGGACAUUUGAAUUUGAGUAUGCAUCUCGAUGGAAGGCUCUUGAUGAAAUGGAAAAGCAGCAGCGUGAGCAGGUUGAUAGAAACAUCAGAGAAGCCAAAGAGAAACUGGAGGCAGAAAUGGAAGCAGCUAGGCAUGAACACCAAUUAAUGCUCAUGAGGCAAGAUCUAAUGAGGCGUCAAGAAGAACUCAGACGCUUGGAAGAACUCAGAAACCAAGAGUUGCAAAAACGGAAGCAAAUACAACUAAGACAUGAAGAGGAGCAUCGGCGGCGUGAGGAAGAAAUGAUCCGACACAGAGAACAGGAGGAACUGAGGCGACAGCAAGAGGGCUUUAAGCCAAACUACAUGGAAAAUUGUCUGUGGAAACCUGCGCUGGAAUAUUUAUUUUUUUUUUUUAAUUUUAAAAUUAGUAUUUAUAGUAGAUAGACCACAAAGUUACUAAGCUCUUAACUUUUUGGGGUAUCUGUAUUUCAAAUAGUAUGUAAAUGAGGUAUGAUAAUUGUGUAACACUGACUAGUGUUCUAUUAGUUUAUUUGUGAUUAGAAAUGAUAUGAAUCGACACAAGUUUUUCAUUAUUUUGGUGUCAGUUUUAUUUGGUUCCAAGCUUCACAGUGCCUCUUACUACUAUAAACUUAAUCAAGCACUAAAAGGAAUAUGAAUGAAAACUCUACCUAUCUCAAAUAUUUUGUGUUAAUGGGAAUAUAUUAAUAGGAAAACAUUGUAUGAAGAAUGCAUUGAGGCCAUUCUGUCAGUUGUUCUUCCUUUACUUUGAAAACUGUCUUUGGAGAAAAUUGUUAAACAAUUUUAAUGCUCUGUGUGUGUGUGUGUGUGUGUGUGUGUGUGUGUGUGUGUGUGUUUAAGCUUUGAAAUUAGGCCCUCUUAUGUGCUUUCUCUUUAUUUCACUGUUCAGUUUAAAGGGAGGAAUCAAAUGGUAAGUGUUCAGCUUGUCCAAGUAAUGAAUAAAGUUGAUUUUCUUUGUUAAUUUUAAGAUGCCACCUCUCUCUUCUUGUCUUCCUAAUGGAAAUAUUCCAACACAACUAAGAGUUAUGGGACUUUUAAGUAUAAAAUAAAUACUGAUUUACAUAUUUCACGUUUUAAAUAAUAAUUUCAUGUAACAAAGAAAGAGUGAAAACACUUGUCAUAUCUGGUCAUCUUUUUGUUUGUCAGCCUUCAACUUGAUCAUAAUUUUAUGACACAUGGGAAUAUAUUUUUAAGAGUUUCAAGGAUGUAAGCCAGUACUUCAUCAAUAUCAGUUGUCAGUUUUAUUUAAUACUUUAUUUUUCCUUAGAAGACAAACUUUUUGAUAAUUGCUGUUGUAACUAUAAAUUAAACAACAUUUUUUACUCAUUUAGGAUAACAUUCAACUGCCUUAAGAAUGUAUACAUUUUAAUAAUAUGUCUUAAUUGCAUUUAGAUUUGUCUUUACCAUAAUGUAGAGUGUAUUUGAUUUUUUUUCCAGGCAGUAUUUACUAAGUGGAAAUUUUCUACUUAUCACAAUUUUUGGACACAUUAAAAGCUAUUAUUCUGGAAGCAA